AUGAGCCUACGUUGCAUUUUCUCCGUCACCUGGGACUUUGCAUUCCAGUACUACGCCAACGGUGGCGCUUGGACCGAAGAUACCGGUCACAAGCUCACCCUCAUUCUCGGUGGAAGCGGCACAUCCGGUAUACUUCGAAUUAGGGCCUCGUCUGGCCACACAUUCAGUGUUGUCGUGGGGUACCAUAAUUCCGAUUUCUGGUAUGAUGCACAGGUUGAUCUUCCUGAUGAUGAUACGGCAGCCAAGCUACACCCGGAGUACUAUAACAGCGGGAAACUAUCAUCCCAGGCAUAUCCCUCUAUUGAGCGAAAGAACUCAGCGGGGCGGAUGGUGAAGGUGCACUUGCAGAGUCUGCCGUGUGGAAUUCCGCCUGUUAUUAUCAAUUACUCGUGA